AUGGCGUGGCCUUCGUCAGCGGGAUUUACAUUUACGUCCAAAACAUACAAUGACACAUAUCCGACGAUAACCGCGGCAAAUUGCAAGCAACGGGGUCGUGCUGUGUUUAUUAGUGGUGCCUCCAAAGGUAUCGGGCGAUCGAUCACAAUUGCUUUUGCACAGGCAGGCGCCUCUGGUAUUGCAAUAGGAGCCCGAACCCCGCUCGAUGAGGUUGAAAAGGACCUGAUAGCCGCAGCGCAGGCGGCAGGCCAUCCAGCGCCCCAAGUUUUAAAAUUGGAGUUGGAUGUAUCGGAUGAAGCCAGUGUGGAGGAUGCAGCUAACAAAACUAAGGAGGUUUUUGGCGGCCUCGAUAUUCUCGUUAAUAAUGCGGGACGUUUAGAAGAGUCGGCGCGAAUUGCCGAUUCAGAUCCGAAAUCCUGGUGGAAUACAUGGGAGGUGAAUUUCAAGGGGACGUACCUGAUGACCAGGGCAUUUGUACCAUUGCUGCUUGAAGGUGGAGAAAAGACCAUUGUCAAUAUGACCUCCAUCACAGCUUUCAUCCAGCGACCUGGUGGAUCGGCUUAUCAGACAGGGAAACUGGCACUUUUACGCUUAACUGAAUUCACAGCCACGGAAUAUGAAGAUGAAGGCCUCGUGGCUUGGGCAAUUCAUCCAGGCUGUAUAGCGACGGAACUCACGUCCAUUUUGCCGCCGUUUGCCAAGGAGAAAUUGGUUGAUGAGCCAGCUUUAGUGGCCGAUACGAUAGUGUGGUUGACGCAGGAAAAACAGGCGUGGUUGAACGGUCGAUAUAUAAGUGCUAACUGGGAUAUGGAGGAGCUCUUGAGCCGGAAACAGGAGAUCGUGGAUGGGGGCAAGCUUAAAGUGCAACUCGUUUUAUGA